AAGGGCAUAAGAAUGAAGUACGUCACAUCCUGCACUCAGGAAGUGCGAAAGUGGAACGGAGAGUUGUUUGCCAUGCAGUCCAGAAUAUUGCCAGUGCCUAGCUGAACAGUGCCUUCCUCCAGGACACAGCCAGCAUGGCUCUCAUUGAAGGAGUGGGGGACGAGGUGACCGUCCUCUUUGCACUGCUGCUGGUGCUGCUGGUGCUGGUGCUUGCAUGGGUGUCCACUCACACCACCGACCGCAGCGAGCAGCUCUUGCAGUCUGCUGCCUCCCAGCGCAGGGCUGGACCUCAGAGCAUGCUUGAAGAGACGGCAGCGCUCGACACGGACCUCAACGAGACGCCACUGGCUGCUGGGGAGGAGGAGAAGAGCAGUGACCAGGAGGAGGAGAGGAGCAGCCAGGGGGAGGUCAGCUCAGGAAAUGACGGGGUACGACACAGGGAGACAGCGGCCUCUACUGCAGCCAGCAUCCAGACCAGUGCUCCCCCCUCUGACACCCCACAGCCUCUCGCUUCAAGUGCCAACAGCCAGCCUUCCGAGGCUGACCCCACUCCUGAUAGGAACAUGGUGCUCCGGCUUAAAUUUCUGAACGACACUGAAAGAGUGGCCCAAGUAAAACCAGAGGACACUAUCGGUUACGUCAAAAGGACUUAUUUCCAAGGUCAGGAGCACCAGGUGCGGUUGAUUUACCAGGGACAACUUUUACGAGAUGAUGCCCAGACGCUGUCCUCCUUGAACCUGGCAGACAACAGUGUCUUGCACUGCCACAUCUCCCAGCAUGCCACGGCGCAGGCUCCAGCGGGGGUGCGGGCGGCUGACCAAGUCCAUGCCGCCCUCAACGUGGGCAGCCUCAUGGUGCCCCUCUUCGUGUUCAUGCUGUCUGUGCUCUGGUACUUCCAGAUCCAGUACCGUCAGUUCUUCACGGCCCCCGCCACUGCCUCGCUUGUGGGCAUCACAGUCUUCUUCAGCUUCAUGGCGUUUGGAAUCUACCGCCGAUAAAUCCGCUGCCACACUCUUGUAUCCACAACCCAGCUUCUACUGCUGUUGAUCACCUGUGUGCAUUCCAGUCAUUCGCAGAGUGGGGUUGGGGGGUGGGGGGGGAGUGUAGGAGGAGUCCUUAUUCAUAUACAGUAGAUUGCAUUCCAAAAAUAAAUUAGGAGACACUUCACAUUUUUUGACAUACCUAUAUGCUCUUGACCUAAAGAAAUCAAUCAAUUUCUUACCUGUAACAAGCCCAUAUGAUGUUUUAUGAGAUCAGCUGUCGUGAAGUUGACGUUGAUGCGUUGCAGUGUUGGGCUCUGCCGAGGCUAUGUGCCCCCAAGUAGCACACGUUUCUUUUUUUUAUUUUCUCCAGAAACGAGGAGGUGGUACCUCAGAUCUACCUGGACUGGAAACAUAUCUGACAUAAUGUUUGGCUUUUAAAGCAAAGAAAAUAUUAAAUAAUUCUUCCUUUA